CAUAGUCACACACCGAGACUAGGAAGUAAACAAUGACGAAAAGUUCCUCAUUGCUUACCAUCUUCUUCCUUCUCUUUGUCUUCACCAUAAAACUGAAGUUUGCAACUGCUGGUGAUAGUGUUAAAGACACAGACGGUAAUGUUUUGAAUGUUACAAGCGAGUAUUCCAUCUUGCAAUCCACAAAUAAUGGUGACGGAGUUACAGUUACUAGGGUGAAAGGAAAACUAGCUGUUAUUCUUUCUAGCAACGCCUUGCCAGUCACAUUUACAGACUCCAACGAAUCAAAGGUCAUCCUUAUAGAUGACAUUGUCUCGAUAAAUUUCACCAACAUUACAGAGCAUAGUGGUUCUUCUUCUUGGAUUGUUGUCUAUGAUGAAUCGACCAAACUAUCAUAUAUAGGGGUUGGCAGUGCUAAGGAGUACCCUGGUCAACAAAUUAAAACUGGAACAUUCAAAAUUGAGUCGAUUGGUGCUCACUACAAGAUUGUUUUUUGUAGUGAUGUUAAUAAAUCGUCUUGCAAAAAUGUGGGGGUAGAUGGCACAGAGGGUAAAAUUAGACGUCUAGUUAUCAAUGGAAGUUUGUUGCCAAUUCAGUUCAAAAAAGCAUAAUAUAUGAAUGUAUGAGUAUUAUCUUCUGUUAUUAAUAAUUGUUUUAGAUCAGAUGGCGGGAUAAACUCUUAGGUGCAGUCCUUUGUAAUUCAAAACAUUAACAAAGUCUUUAGACAACAAGAG